AUGGAUCCUAUUUUAAUUAGUUCAUCUGACGAUGAUUCAGAUUAUAGCAGUGAUUCACAUAAACGCCUCCGAGGUUGGAACACGAAGUUAGAUAAUCCGGUCAGGAAGAACAGAGAAGAUGUUCUUAAGUAUGAUAACAGAAGAAUCAAGUUGAUGGCCGCGGAGCCAUCCCAGAAGUUGAUUGCUGAAGCUUUGAAGGAUCUUAAUAAUCAACCCACAAUCGAAGCUGAAUUGCCCAAAGGGAUCUUAUCUGUUUCGCUGCUUCGGCACCAGAAAAUGGCGUUGACUUGGAUGUUGGAGAAGGAAAAAGGGCAGGGUGUUUGUAAUGGUGGAAUUCUUGCCGAUGAUCAGGGCCUGGGUAAAACAAUCUCCAUGAUUUCUCUGAUUCAGAUGCAAAGGCAAUUACAACAGAAGCACAAAUCGGAGAAGAAGAAAGUACCCAUUGUUUUGAUAAAACCAAAACCUAUGAAUUUGGAAGAGGCAGAUCAUAAGAAGAAGGACAUUAUAAUCGAUUCUGCAUCAUCAAGUGUUGUUAGACCUAAAGAUGUGGAAGAAAUCCCAGAAAGAAUUAGAUCUUCAAGAUUGUUCUGGGAAAGGCCUAAUGCUGGUACGCUGGUUGUUUGUCCAGCAAGUGUGCUUCGACAAUGGGCUCGGGAAUUGGAUGAGAAAGUAACAGAGGAAUCGAAACUCUCUGUUUUAGUUUAUCAUGGAAGCAAGAGGACUUUGGACCCAGUUGAAUUGGCAAAAUAUGAUGUUGUUUUGACAACGUAUGCACUUGUAACCAUCGAAGUUCAGAAACCACCUGAAGCCGGUGAUGGAUCGAAGAAGCGGAAGAGGAAAAAUGGAGUUAAUUCCGGGGGAGGAACGUUGGGAAAAGUACAUUGGUUCAGGGUGAUUUUAGAUGAAGCCCACAUAAUUAAGAACUACAAGACUAAAGUAGCUCAGGCUUGUAGCAGACUCAGGGCGAAAUCCAGGUGGUGCUUAUCAGGAACCCCGCUUCAGAAUGAGAUUGUGGAGUUGUAUAGUUAUUUCAGGUUCUUGAGACAUGAUCCUUACAGUGAUUACAAGACCUUUCUUUCUUGUAUCCAGACUCUGAAAUGUACUGGAUCAGGAUACCAGAUGAUUGCGAUGGUGUUGAGGUCGAUUAUGUUGCGCCGGACCAAAGAAACCGUCAUUGCUGGGAAGCGUAUAUUGGAUUUACCUCCUAAGAUGAUAAAUCUGAGACAGGUGGAACUCUCCGAAGAGGAAAGGAGUUUCUACGACAAUCUUGAACAGAAGUUUGCUUGGCUGUUUAGAUUCUAUGUUGCUAAAGGAGCCGUCGGGUCGAAUUACGCGAGAAUUAUGCUGAUGCUUCUUCGACUUCGCCAGGCUUGUGAUCACACUGUACUUGUGAAAAAUGCGCACAAAAAGGUUGUUAGGAAAGAAUCCCUGGAAACUGCAAAGUCCCUUCCAGGCAAAAAACUUGAGAGUUUAUUGGACAAGUUUGGGAAUUCUUCUUCGGCUGCCUGGGGUAUCUGCCGGGAUACACCCGAAUCCGCGGUUGUUAGUAUCUGUGGGCAUGUUUUCUGCUUUGAAUGUGUUUUGAAUCACUUGACGGAGAAGGAAACUGCUACUUGUCCUAAAGCUGGAUGCAGACAUGAAAUUGGAGUGGAUGGUAUUUUUACAGAAGAAAUAUUAAAAGAGUGUCUCCCUCGUAUUGCUGCUGCUGGUGGUUCUUCCUGUUUAUCUGGGGGCGGUGACAAAGAAGAGGUUAAUGAGCCGCCCAGCUCCAAGAUCAAAGCCGCCAUUCAGGUUCUACAGUCUUGCUGCAAACCAUCAAAUCCUGGCUCUCAGGUUGUCACCAGUCGGGCGAAAGCUAUCAUGUUCUCCCAGUGGACAAGCAUGCUAGACCUGGUGGAGAAAGAUCUUCGCGACACGGGUUUGAAAUACCGCCGGCUUGAUGGAACGAUGUCGCUGGUUGCAAGAGACGUAGCUGUGGAAGAUUUCAACACCAACCCUGAGGUGGAUGUUAUGUUAAUGUCACUCAAGGCUGGAAACCUAGGUCUCAACAUGGUGGCAGCUACUCAUGUCAUCCUUUUGGAUCCCUGGUGGAAUCCGACUACCGAAGAUCAGGCCAUUGAUCGGGCGCACAGGAUCGGACAGACUCGCCCCGUUACAGUCACAAGGUUAACCAUUCAAAACACGGUGGAAGACCGGAUUUUGAGCCUUCAGGAAAAAAAGAGACAAUUGUUUUCUGCUGUCAUUGGUGAAGAUGAAAACCAGGGAUCUCGAACUCGCUUAAGCGUACAAGACCUCAAGCAUCUGUUCAAUGUGAGAUAGAGAUGGCAAUUUUAUUUUUUUUUCUUUUUUGGAUCGUCACAGCCAUGAAUGUAUGAUUUGUGAUCAGAAAGCAGUUUUCUGUGAAGCACCUAUAUAUGUUUAUUGAACUGCUUCCUCCUUGUCUAUUUAAUAUGAUGUUGUUCUUUUGUAAUAA